AUGAAUGAGCCCUUAGCCGAUCUUCCUUGCCGGCAGUUCGAUGGCAACUUGGGGACGGCUCUGGCUCUUAAGAAUAAUGGAUCCCAAUCCAGAAUUCCAGCUGGACGGCCCAUCCUCCAUUAUAAGUAUUCUUCGACGUCCCAUAUCCUCAGCGAGGAGUUUGUGAGGUGGUCCGCCCUUGAAUUACCUCUUCCGCACCAGCCAGCUUCUUUCGGAUAUACCCCUUCUAUUUAUCUAGUCGAAGACGCAUUAUCAAUCAUGGCCUCUCCAGUCCCACGAGGCAUUCGCCAAGUUCUCCAAAAAUCGCCGUCGGAUAUUGUUAUCUUGUCGUCCCUCCGUACUCCCGUCACCCGCGCAAAGAAGGGCGGUUUCAAGGAUGCCUACCCGGAGGAGCUGCUUUCUCAUGUGCUGAAAGCGACGCUUGAGGCAAACCCGAACCUCGAUCCUGCCUUAAUUGAGGAUGUCUGCAUCGGUUCUGUGCUCCAGGAGCUUGGUGGUGCGAAAGCAGGCCGCAUGGCCCAGAUCCACGGAGGCUUCCCUCACACCGUUCCCUUCCACACGAUCAACAGACAAUGCUCAUCAGGUCUGGCCGCCAUCUCGACAAUCGGAAACAGUAUCCGCGCAGGUGCUCUCAAUGUUGGCGUUGGUGGUGGAAUGGAAUCCAUGACCCGGAACUACGGCUCUCGUGCCAUCCCCACUGUUUUGUGGCCUGAGCUCAAGGACUCGCCCUCGAAGGACUCGAGAGACUGUAUUAUGCCUAUGGGUAUCACCUCUGAGAAUGUUGCGUCUCGCUACGGUGUCAGCAGGGAGGACCAGGACGUGUUCGCCGCCAACUCUCACAAGAAGGCCGCAGCUGCGCAAAACAGCGGACUAUUCGAUUCCGAAAUCGUCCCCGUGAAGACUCUUUCUUACGACGCCGAGAACCCUGAUGCUCCUCCCAAGGAGGUUACCGUUAGCAAGGACGACGGAGUCCGCGCUAACAUCUCCGUCGAGAAGAUGGCUUCGCUGAAGCCGGCUUUCUCAGCGAGCGGCUCCAGCACUGCUGGAAACAGCUCCCAGGUCAGCGACGGUGCUGCAGCCACUUUGUUGAUGCGCCGCUCUACCGCCACUGAACUCGGUCUGACUUCGUCCAUCAAGGCCCGCUGGGUCGGCACUGCCGUCGCCGGGUGUGCCCCUGAUGAGAUGGGUGUUGGCCCCGCAGUCGCUAUCCCCAAGCUUCUCCAGCUCCUUGAUGUGAAUGUUUCAGAUGUUGGAAUUUGGGAACUUAACGAGGCCUUCGCCUCUCAGGCCCUCUACUGCGCUCGCAAGCUGGGUAUUGAAGAGGCCAAGAUUAACCCCAAGGGUGGUGCCAUUGCCCUCGGCCACCCUCUGGGUGCCACUGGAGCCAGACAACUCGCAACUCUCUUGCCAGAACUCGAGCGCACCGGCCAGGAAGUCGGUGUUGUUAGCAUGUGCAUCGGAACUGGCAUGGGAAUGGCGGGCAUGUUUGUUCGGGAGUAA